AUGUCAGCAGGUCCGGAAGAACCAUCAGGCCACAAAAUCGGAUUACCCUCCUUUCAGCUUUCUUUGCUGCCAAUUCCCCUCAUGUCAUCAACAACGUGGAAGCGCCCGAAUAAACGGACCAAACGGACAUUUGUCCGUCUGUCCGAUCGGACGUGUCGAACUGCUUCUAUCAAGGAGUUUCCAAUGAAUGGUCUCCAAGAGAGCAAUUUCAACAGUAACAUGCCUGAACCUACUGCGGAUCUUCCUAUCGACAAAGAACCCACAUAUGUCAGCAGGUCCGGAAGAACCAUCAGGCCACAAAAUCGGAUUACCCUCCUUUCAGCUUUCUUUGCUGCCAAUUCCCCUCAUGUCAUCAACAACGUGGAAGCGCUGAUGCAACUGUUGCAACCUGAUGUCGAGUCAAUGGGCGAACCGAACCCGUUUGCCAUGAUAUCUUCGUUUGUUGCCACGUCCAGUGGGUCCAAUCCCGACACCCUGACACUAGCGGAGGCACUCCAACAACUCGAUCGGGAGGAAUUGAACAAGGAGCUGACUGAUCACAUUGAUUGCAAACACUGGAAGGUUGUCCCAUUGAAGUCUGUCUCUCGUGGAAAGAGACCAAUCCCCAUGAUAUGGUCUAUGAAGCGCAAACGAGAUCCUCUUAGCAACUUCACCAAGUGGAAAGCACGACUCUGUGCCGGAAGUCACCGAUCCGUUGAGUUUGUGGAUUAUUGGUCUACUUAUUCGCCAGUGGUGUCAUGGAGCACAGUCAGAGUUCUGAUCAUGAUGGCGCUUGGAAAAUGA